UUGAUAACUUUUUUCAUGGAAAAUUUUAAAUUUCAUUUCUGGCAGCAAAAUGGACUUGAUGAUACACUCCAAGAACUUCUUAGUUGGGUUGAGCAACUUUUUAUUGAGGUUGAUAGUUACGGAUCAUAUAAAGAUUCAACAUCAACAGUUCAGGGCAAAAGGAAAUGUGUCAAGGUUCAGCACCAUAAGUCAAGCAAAACAGAAUCCUUGGCAGAAAUUUCAAAUACUAAAGAUGCAGGUGCUACUGGGAAAACAGAUAUCAGUGAAGGAAGCAUGAUUAAUCUAGUUGCCAGGGUAUCUGCAACAAUUCUAAAGUCAAUUGUGGACAGCAGUUACCUAAGUCUUGUGGUACAGGUUUCUGUACAGGCUAGAUGCUUAAGUUUUGAAUCAGCAUUUUUCGAGUACAUGAAACUGCAAAUUGAGGAACAGUCUGGGGGUCAAAAGUGCAUGGGAAAUGAUUGGAAAUACAUCUUGGUUUGUGUAAAGAGCUCUGCUACUUAUGCUGCAAAAAUGCUAUAUUUAUGGCUGAAGAACUCCAAUGAUUUAGCUUCUGAAGCAUCUCAUCUUGCAAAUAGUCUUUUUGAUCUGAUUACUUUGAGUGAGUCUGUGAUUGGAACUAAGUUUGCAGGGUCUAUUCUAGCUGUACUAAAACCAUGGAUGCCAGAUCUUCUUAUUGCUGUAUCUGCUGCAAAUGCUCUUUACAAUGAUGUAAAUUUGGAGAGUGAAAGGUCAAAACAGGGAUUUGAUGAGUUGGUUGAAGAAGGCAAACAAUUGUGUUGUGCUUGGACUGUAACACUUGCAAAUUUGGGACUUUGCCCUGCCAAUGUCAUAAACUCUCAAGAAUGCCAUCAAUCAGAAGCUGAUGCUACAGGAGGGACUUCUAAUGAGGAUGAAGAAGCCAGAACUAAAGACAAACUCAAUUGCGUUGCUCUUGACUUCAUGAAAACAGUGAUUGAUUUGCUCCAAAAGGAAGAUGUUAGGGUUUUGCGUGCAAUUAUGAAAAUUUUCUUGUCACAGGCAGCAUUUGCUUUGAAAAGUAAGGUUUACAGCAGGGUUCUGAGUUUGCUUCACUUCUCAUGUGGAAAACUAUUAGGGUUUCAGAUGGCCCAAGAAUGUGACCUUGAUAUUGUUCUAAAUGAGAGCUCACUAUACACUUUAAAAGAGAUAAAUAUUCACAUAGAAGAGGCACAAGUGUCUUUGCAGGGGGACCAAGAUGCUGGACAAACACUUAAAGUUGCUAAAGAACUAGUUGAAAAUAUCAUUUCACGUUAUAGGGCCUGAAUAACUGAAUACCUUUUUCAGUUGAGCAUGCAGGUAGCCUUUAACAGAGGACUACAGCAUGUCAAAGAAGGCUAUAAUGAAAAUUGGGGAAAUACCUUAGGAAUUGAUCAAGGAAGGCAUUGUUCUAAAUUAUGCUGACGUCCUAGUGUUCCGAUGUUUAUAUUGAUAUCAAACUAUUUGCUUAUUAGUUCAUGCUUGCAGUCAGAUUACUUUUGCAUCCAUUAUAUGUUAUUAAUUUGAUACUGUGACCAAUCAAAAUAAAAGAUUAAGCCAUUUCUAUUCA